AUGUCACCGCAACAGGUGAUUCACAACAUAUACACGCUGGUCGCUCUUGCCGAGCUCAAAGGAUACGCAAUGAUGCAGUACUCGCUCACUUUACAGCGUUACUUCACGAAUGGUAAUAAUAAUUUUCCAGAGACUUUUCACGCGGAGGAAGAGUUGCUGCGCGAGACGACGGAGCAGAGAUCGACUGAAAAGGUGGCGGCGACGAUCGCGGCGAUGAAGAGUUCUGGUCGGCAAGUGUGGCGGUGUGACCCUGAGAAACACGUGGAAAACGAGACCUUCGUCCAGCUGACCGAGCUGCUGCAGGGCUACGUGCAGAACGAGCGCGACCUCAACUCUGAUCAGGCUUGCACGAGCACCUGCGGAUAUUACACCUACACUAAGGUCUUCAGCUGCAGCGAUGCCGAGUUGUGUUACAGACAGCCGUGUCUGUCCGAGCAGCGCCACCGGCGUUACGACCGGCUCGUGUUCUCGGACACGAGAGGCUCGGUGCCCAAGUGCUCUACGCCGGCCGUGCUUCUCAAUAGUUGGUACCAGUUACUGCUGCUCAAGAAAUGUAGUUUCUGCUUCUGCGUGUGCGACGAGGACGGACCCUACUCGGACAGGCACUUCAGCUUGAGGCCCGCCGUGUCCGACGUCGACGCCGGGUUUGUCGUCAUGGGAGUGCGGAUCGUUACGCUCAACAGGGUCCUCCACCUCCAGGUGAGAAAAGCCGCUCUUUUACUAUGA